AUAGAGCCAAAAAUGUUACAAUUGUGUCGAUGUCCCAAUAUUUAUGGACCUGGCUGUAUAUCUAGGAAUAAAAUACUUGAUUGAAUGUUGAUCCUAUCUGAUCACCACUUGAUGUCUCCUAGUGUUUUUGACCUUUUUUCCUGGAUAUAAGAUAAACUAGGUUUCCUUUUCUUGUUUUCCAUGUUCUUCAUGUGUGAUCCUUGCAGGAAAGUGAUGAAAGUGGAAGGACGAGUGGCCUGGAGAACUCCACAUCAGUGUCAAUGACUGGUGAAGACGGUACAAGAGGCUUCCGCAGACAUCUCAUAUCAUCUCCCAGUUAUGAAGUUGAACAUAAGCAAUCACAGAUUGGCAAAAAAAUACUGGGUGAAAUUUUUGCAUGUUCUGAAUGUGGAAAACAUUUUAAAGAAAAAUCUCUUCUUUCCAUGCAUGAGAGAUUUCACAAAGAUGAAAAGCCAUUUUCCUGUUCAGAAUGUGGGAAAGCCUUUAGCUGUAAAUCAGUUCUUGUAAAACAUCAGAAAAGUCACACAGGGGAGAAGGCAUUUUCAUGCCCUGAAUGUGGGAAAUUUUUUAAUCAGAAAUCAUAUUUCAUAGAUCAUCUAAGAAUUCACACAGGAGAGAAGCCAUUUUCAUGUACAGAAUGUGGAAAAUGUUUUACCCAGAAAUCAAAUCUUGUGAAACAUCAGAGAAUUCACACAGGGGAGAAGCCAUUUUCAUGUUCCGAAUGUGGGAAAUGUUUUUUACUCAAAGGUCCUCUUGAGAGACAUCAGAGAAUUCACACAGGAGAGACUCCAUUUUCAUGUCCAGAAUGCGGAAAAUGCUUUAGACGUAAAUGUAAUCUUGAGAGACAUCAGAGAAUUCACACAGGGGAGAAGUCCUAUUCAUGUAUGGAAUGUGGAAAGUGCUUUAUGCAUAAAGAUUCUCUUAAGAAACAUCAGAAAAUUCACACAGGGGAGAAGCCGUAUUCAUGUCCGGAAUGUAGGAAAUCGUUUACCCAUAAAACAGUUCUUGUUGAACAUCUGAGAACUCAUACAGGGGAGAAGCCGUUUUCAUGUCCUGAAUGUGGGAAAUGUUUUACCCAUAAAUCAAAUCUCGUACAUCAUUUAAGAAAUCAUUCAGGUGUGAAGCCAUUUUCAUGUUCAGAAUGUGGGAAAUGUUUUGCCCACAAAUCAAGUCUUGUGGAUCACCUGAGAGCUCACACGGGAGAGAAACCAUUUUCAUGUCCUGAAUGUGGAAAGUCCUUUAUGCACUCAGCUUCUCUUGAGAAACAUCUGAGAAUUCACACAGGAGAGAAGCCAUUUUCAUGUCCCGAAUGUGGGCAGUCUUUUAGCCAGAAAGUUAAUCUUGUGAAUCAUCUAAGUGUUCACACAGGGGAGAAGCCAUUUUAAUGUUUAGAUUGUAGGAAAUGUGGCCGUUGUGAAGCUUCAUUGUGUUACCAACAAGGAACAAUGGCCGUAGUAAGUGCCAGGUGAAUAUUUUUACUCUGUUUUACCCAUCUGCUAUCCAGGCAAGAAAAUACCCUGUUUCCACUCUGCUGAAGUAAUAAUUUUGCUUAAAUGAAUAUAUAAUUUUUAUUACUAUACAUUAAAAGAAUUGAAAGAAAC